UGUCUUGACAGUGUAAGAAGAUUCAUUUGUGUCUGUCUGUAACUCCAGAAAACAAUCAGAAUGGCUACAGGAGCAGAUGUCCGGGAUAUACUUGAGCUGGGGGGGCCAGAAUCUGAAAACAUAGGAACCAUUAAUAAGAAAGACAUCAUCAAUUCUGAUAAGAAAAAAUCCAAGAAAUCAUCAGAGACCCUAACAUUUAAGAGACCAGAAGGAAUGCACCGAGAGGUCUAUGCGCUGCUGUACUCUGAUAAAAAGGAUGCACCCCCUCUUUUACCAAGUGACACAACACAGGGUUAUCGUACAGUAAAGGCAAAACUUGGUUCCAAGAAAGUGAGGCCUUGGAAGUGGAUGCCAUUCACAAAUCCUGCUAGGAAGGAUGGGGCAAUGUUCUACCACUGGAGAAGGGCGGCAGAAGAGGGCAAGGAUUACCCUUUCGCCAGAUUCAACAAAACAGUACAAGUUCCAGUCUAUUCAGAGCAGGAGUAUCAAAUGUACCUUCAUGAUGAUGCCUGGACAAAAGCUGAAACAGACCACCUCUUCGACUUAUCACGACGUUUUGACCUCCGUUUUGUGGUCAUUCAUGACCGCUAUGAUCACCAGCAGUUCAAAAAGCGGUCAGUAGAAGACCUAAAGGAGCGUUAUUAUCAUAUCUGUGCCAAGUUAGCCAAUAUUCGUGCAGCUCCAGGCACAGACCUGAAAAUCCCUGUCUUUGAUGCUGGCCAUGAAAGGCGCCGGAAGGAACAAUUAGAAAGGCUGUACAACCGAACGCCAGAACAGGUGGCAGAAGAAGAAUAUCUAAUCCAGGAGUUGCGGAAAAUUGAAGCUAGGAAGAAAGAGAGGGAGAAGCGGACACAAGAUUUGCAAAAACUCAUUACAGCUGCUGACACAACCACUGAACAAAGACGUGCAGAGCGCAAGGCACCUAAGAAAAAGCUGCCACAGAAAAAAGAGACUGAGAAACCUGCUGUCCCUGAAACAGCUGGCAUCAAGUUUCCAGAUUUCAAGUCUGCAGGUGUCACGCUGCGGAGUCAAAGGAUGAAACUGCCAAGCUCCGUGGGACAGAAGAAGAUUAAAGCCUUGGAGCAGAUGCUGAUGGAACUCGGAGUAGAUUUGAACCCAAUGCCAACAGAAGAAAUUGUUCAGAUGUUCAAUGAGUUGCGCAGUGAUCUCGUGCUACUAUAUGAGCUCAAGCAAGCCUUUGCAAACUGUGAAUAUGAGUUGCAGAUGCUGCGCCACCGCUAUGAGGCACUAGCCAAAGCAGGUAGCACAGGACCUAGCACAGAUGGUGGCUCGCAUCCUGAUGGUCAGUCAGGCUUGUGCACAGAAGAGGCCAAAGGUGACAGCAAGGAGCAGAUCAUUGAUGUGGUGGGAGCACCCCUCACACCCAAUUCAAGAAAGCGCAGGGAAUCUGCUUCCAGUUCCUCAUCUGUCAAAAAGGUGAAGAAGCCAUGAGCAGCAUGAUGGCCCAAGUCCUGGAUCUUGGAGGACCAACUUACUGACGGCAGGUGCAAGAAGGAUCUGUCUCCCCAUACUUUAGUAGGGACCGUUAUGUUGGAAGGAUUUUGUUUGCCUUUGCUUAAAUCAGGAAAAAGAGUAUUACUGCCCUGAUAAAGAGGCUGAGAUCAUAAUCCUGAAUUGUUGCUGUGAUUCUAUUGUAUAUUUUUCCUAUACCUGAGUUCUGUAGACUUUGAUGUAAAUAUAGAACCCAUAAUCUCUUGUUCCAGAAUCUAAAUCACUAGUCAUUCAGAGGGAAGGGCAGGAGGACAGACCCCUAUGUCAUCAGGAGUUAGGGCUGCAUCUUGUGCUGGAAUGAACAUGGGCAGGGUAAUUAGUAUUAUGGUAGGCAUGUAUUGCAUUACCAGUAGAUAAGAUUGACCCCUGGUUGAGCACUAACUCUAACCUCCUCCUCCCAUUCUCAUAAAGUUGACAUAGGCUUCUUUGUGGCUUUGCAGACCAUCUUAUAGGAUGCUAAAUAGCUAACAGAACUAAAUAGUUCCCCCCAAUAUUUCAUCUUGUUAAAGAAUUCUUGCUUAUUAAUCCAGAAUCAGUGCAUCUAAAUUAGAUGUUAAAGCAAAGAAUAUUUCCUCCUUGACAGUUAGGUAAGGCAAAUAUACAUUGCAAUAAGCAUUAUUUUCAGGGUCAUUCUCUACUGGACGAAACAGCUACUCCUUUUGCUAUGAUAGUGCCCCACUAUCUGUCAGAUUAGUGUGUAAGUAUUGGUACAAAAAAUGUUGGCUCAGCCAUUUCCAACUUCAUACCCUCCAAGUGGGUUGGGAUCUCCAUUCAGUAUAAUUGUUCUUAAGGGUCCUCACAGCACAAUCUUUUCUAUUUACUGAGAAGCAUAUCCCUCUGGGUUCUGCACGGGUAUUGAGGAAUGCAGAGGUCUCUUAUUGCAGUGCUGUUGAUGACCCAGUUUUUAUUUGUAGCAUCAUCUAGGGGUGCUGCCUGGUGUGUCAGUUGUGUUGGUGUCCUGUAAAGCAGCAAACUAAAUAUAUGCUGGUUUUUCAAGAACAGGAAAGCAUUAUUAUCCUAUAGUUGGACUUAGCUUCAGCUAUAAGUGUUGUGAGGGUUAAGUAAGGUGAGACCUCCAAAGCCAGAAAUGUAUAUAAAAUAAAAGUUCCAGUGAACAGAGGGGUUCUUUGAAAGGCUACUAACUGUCUUUUUUCUUAGUAAAUUAUACAAAAUAAGAAAAUAUUUGUAUUUAUGCAUAAUGCAUAUAGAUCACAGAAUUCUAGUUUUGUUAGUAUUUUUAGUGCAGAAAACACAGAACAAGUUCCAGGAUAUUGGAAUGGAAGAACUCAUGGUUGUAUGAUUAGCCCUGCCUUGGCAAUAUGAAACUCAAAUAUUUAGUAAUAAAUCAACAGGAUAGACUCUGGACUACACUGCCUGAAGCUUGCUGACUUUUUAAUGGCUGGAUGUCCCUGUUGCUACAUAGAAAGCUGCUUCCUCCCCUCCCCUUUUGAAUAUUCAUCUUCUUUCAGAUACAUGUCAGAAGAAGACUAUGACACCUCUGUCCUGCAGCUGUCAGGCCUAACUCAUGUGCUUGCCUCCUUUUCCCCUCAAGUGCAACUGGGAAUCAAUAGUGCAUGACAACGCCCUUUGAUUUACAUUCUUGCUGGCAGAAAGAAAGGUCAAAGGCCAAGUUCUUCGUUUUCAUAGAAAACUAAUUAGACGACUCCAUCGACACUGAAUCAAUAAAACUGAUCAGGUGAUUACACAGAGGGAACCAUUAAAAUCCCUGUGACCUUUGAUCCUGAGUCCCUAACCUGAGAAGGAAGAGGCUUGGUUACAUUCCCCAGUGCCUUGGAGGGCAGACCCUGCAAAGUAAAGAUGGACUGGCCUGAAAGGGAGGAAACACAGACUCUGUCUGUCAUGAGUGCAUAUGCUGCUGCUCUCUUGUCUCUCCAUUGGCCAAAUCAUCUAUGGGAAGUGUAGACACAAUGCUGCCAUAGGUGUACUGAAAAGCAAUCUAAACUAGAUUAAGGGGGG